AUGAAGAUCCCGGAGUGGAAGAGGACACCCUUCAACGUGGAGGCACCCGCUCGCAGAGCGAGACAGGCACGAACGCCCUCUGGAGAGAUUAAAACCACGCGAGGAAAGGAGAUGUCCGAGACCUACGAGGUCUGCGACGCGAUCGAGGGCUUGGCCGACAGACGAAGCUGCUCCCGAACCACCUCCGUGCGGGCACGCAGCGAUCCACACCUGCAGGCAGAGGAGCCACGGGCCGGCCCGAGGGCGAUCCCAUGCUCAGCACGGGGCCGGAUGCUGACGCGGGCCGUGCGCCUCAACAACAACACGCUCAACGAACUGACGGACCUGGGGCCGGCGCUGGAGCUGCUGCUGGAGAACCCCGAGGAGCUCUCCUGGCUUGACCUCUCCUUCAAUGACCUGCCCACCAUCGACCCAAUCCUGACCACAUAUCGCAACCUGCACUGCCUCCAGCUGCACGGGAACAGCAUCCAGGGCCUGGGCGAGGUGGACAAGCUGGCCGUCCUGCCCCACCUGCGCAGCCUCACACUGCACGGCAACCCCAUUGAGGAGGAGAAGGGCUACAGGAGCUACGUGCUGUCCACACUGCCCCAGCUCAAGUCCUUUGACUUCAGCACCGUGACGAAGCAGGACCGCUCCACCGCCGCCAUCUGGAAGCGCAUGAAUGCCCAGCCGAAGAAGGCCAAGAAGAAGAGAGAGCGCUUCUGAGGAGAGGCCGCAAGCUGGGCACCACAGCUGCAGAUCCACAACUGGUCCAUGGCCCCCUCCUCAGCCUGGAGAGCCUGAAAGCCCCAUGGGACAUAGGAAUAAACCCUUCGCGCCAUGCUGUGGAGCAGGGCGUGAGUAGGGGCUGGGCUGAGCCAGUGCCAGAGAGCUGGGGCUGUCCUGAGAACAGGGGGAACAGCAGCAAG